ACACCAUCACACUAAGCAGUGGAUUGAGAGUGAGACGGGGAUACAUGGAUGGGGAGGGGGCGGUUGCACCAUUGGGGAAGAGGAGAGAGAGAGAGGGCGAUACCGAGCACCAGUGGCAGGCAAACACACCCGUCAGCCGCGUGCAGAGGAGAGAAAAAAAGGCAGCACGGACAAAAGAAACAUGGAUGCAUUAGAGAAGUAUCCACUCAAACACAUAACGGAAUGGACGUGCCGUUCUUCCUGCACCUAACGGGGAACGAAUUAGCCUAUUUGAAUGCGGUGGUGCGAGGCGAGGUAUUGCAAGCUAAAAAGGCGGAAAGCAGUAUUUAAUCCGUCUGCGGAUCCCAUGAGCUUGCAAUGGCUGUUAUGGGGAUAUGUAGCUGUAUAGGAAACAAUGUGGCUCUUUCUUUUGUUGUAUUUUUAUUUUUGUGUGGCCUUUCACUUGGACAACUACGGUACUCUAUACAGGAGGAGUUAGAAAAUGGAGCGGAGGUGGGGGAUCUUGUGCAGGACUUGGGGUUGGAUAUUCGAAAGCUCUCCAAUCGAAAGAUAAAGGUAACCACCAGUGGAAAACGGUAUGUGGAUGUCAAUCCCCAAAAUGGGAAAUUACUUGUCAAUGAAAGAAUCGACAGAGAGACGCUGUGUGAUUUGAGCAGCACCUGUCUUAUACAUUUAGAGGUGCUUGUUGAAAACCCAUCCGAGGUGCACAAUGUCGAGGUGGAGAUUGUGGAUGCGAAUGACAAUGCGCCGCAGUUCCCUAGUGACGAGUAUCAAUUGGAAAUUGCAGAAUCGGCUUUACCAGGGUCUCGUUUCCCCAUUGAGAACGCACUGGAUCCGGAUGUGGGAUCCAAUUCCGUUCGUCUGUAUCGACUCAGCCCAAACGAACACUUCGCACUUGAUUCCAACAAGCCCUCCCUCAAUAGCAAGAACAUUGAGCUCGUGCUCAAAAAGCCCCUUGACCGUGAGCUGGCGCCUUACCACCAAUUCAUUCUGACUGCUGCAGAUGGCGGAACACCAGCAAAAACCGGUUCAGCUCUAAUUAAUGUGCGAGUCCUGGACACCAAUGACAACGUUCCUGUAUUUGACAGCUCAGUGUACAAAGUCAAAUUGUUAGAAAACUCACCAAAAGACACACUGGUCAUCAAAUUGAACGCCACAGACCAUGACGAGGGUACCAAUGGGGAGGUCUAUUACUCUUUCAGCAGCUACACUCCUGAGAGAGUCAGACAGAUGUUCAGCAUGGACAGCAACACGGGAGAGAUCAGAGUGAGGAGCAUUGUGGACUACGAAGAAACCAACUCUUAUGAGAUGUACAUCCAGGCCAUGGAUAAAGGCCCUGGUGCUGUGGCAGCCCACUGUAAGGUGGUGGUGGAGGUGGUGGAUGUGAAUGACAAUGUCCCAGAGAUAGUCCUGUCCUCUCUCUCCAGCCCAGUGAGGGAGGAUGCCCGGGCUGACACCGUGGUGGCCCUGAUCAGUGUCACAGACCGGGACUCUGGUGCCAACAAACAGGUGAACCUGGAGAUACCGCUGGGCCUGCCCUUCAAGAUCAAGUCCUUCAGAAACUACUACACCCUGGUCACCUCCGCCUUCCUGGAUCGCGAGACCACUGCUGCCUACAAUGUCACCCUUAGCGCCACUGACGGCGGCACCCCACCCCUCUCCUCCCAGAAGACCAUACAGGUGGAUGUGGCUGAUGUGAAUGACAACCCGCCGCGCUUCGAGCAGACCUCCUACACGGUCUAUGUGACUGAGAACAAUGCCCCCGGGGCCUCGCUGUGCACCGUGAAGGCCCAGGACUCCGAUGUCAACGAGAACGCACGCAUCACCUACACUGUCCUCAAUGACAACAACCACGGUAUCCCCGUCACCUCCUAUGUCUCUGUGAAGGCCGACACGGGAGAGGCAUAUGCCCUGCGCGCCUUUGACUACGAGUCACUCAGGGAGUUCCACUUCCAGGUCAAAGCUCAGGAUGGGGGCAUCCCGCCCCUCAGCAGGGUAGCCACUGUCUACAUCUACAUCAUGGACCAGAACGACCACAUUCCUGAGAUUGUCAAACCUCCAGGCAACGGCACACGCUCUAUAGAGACAGUGCUGAAGAAUGCUGAGGCUGGCGUCCUGGUGACCAAGGUGGUGGCGUAUGACGCAGACGCGGGUCCCAACGCCUGGCUGAUCUAUGUGUUGGAUCAGUCCACAGACUUGGACCUGUUCAAGGUGCAUGAACACACAGGGGAGAUCCGCACCACACGCAGGGUCCUGGAGGAUAACUCCACCUCCUUCAGCCUGACUGUACUGGUGAGAGACCACGGCCAGCCUCCUCUCUCCUCCACCGCCACCGUCAAUGUGGCCGUCAUGGAGGUGCCACCCAAGGUGACCCCUGACCCCAAGAGGGUCAUCCGGCCCCACAGCACCCUGCUCUUCUCCAAUGUGACCCUCUACCUGAUCGUGGCCCUGAGCGCCACCACCUUUGUGUUCCUGGUGACCGUGGUGGUGCUGGCCAUCGUGCGCUGCCAUGCCUACUGCACCCAGCCUGGUUCCUGCUCCCCCUGCUGUGUGUCCCAGAAGACCCCCCCUGAUGGCGGGAGCAGCAGCACAGUAGGUGGUUCUGGGGGUGGAGGUGGUGGCGGGGGACAACCCAAUAACAAUGUGGCGCUGCGGAGAGACCUCAAAGUGGAGCCUCACUACAUUGAGGUGCGUGGGAAUGGCUCCAUGACCAAGACCUACUGCUACAAGACCUGCCUGACGGCCACCUCAGGAAGCGACACCUUCAUGUUCUACAACACAGGUCGACCCAUCAGCGGCACCUGGGGUUCCGAGCGCUUCUUCACCGGCGGAAGCGGGUUUGUACGGAGACUGAGCAUGCCCGAUGCUUCAUUGCAAGUCUGUCCAGAGCCGAAGGCCCCAAAUGCUGACUGGCGAUACUCCACUUCUUUGAGGGCAGGGAUACAGAGCUCGGUCCAUAUGGAGGAGUCGUCAGUGAUGCAGGGAGCCCAGGGGAUGCUGGUCCAGAACUGGCCCACAGUGUCCAGCGCCGCAGAUGGUGAGGGGGGCGAGCUGUCCCCUCCGGUUGGAGCUGGCAUCGACAGUAACAGCUGGCACUUCCGUUACGGGCCUGGCCCAGGCUACGGCCCCCCUCAGGUUCUGAGGCCUGGAGAGAUCCCCCCCGAAGCCUUCAUCAUCCCCGGCUCCCCCGCCAUCAUCUCUAUCCGCCAGGGCCAGGGAGGAGAGGAUGACAAGAGCGACUUCAUCACCUUCGGCAAGAAGGAGGAUGCCAAGAAGAAGAAAAAGAAGAAGAAGGACAAGAAAGACAAGAAAGACAAGGGGAAGGAGGAUGUGGACGAGUAGAGGAGAAAGGGGAGAUAUGAAAACAGAGCUACCAACUAAAGUUCAAAUAACAGAUGCAAGACAAAAAUCCAAGUGUAUAUUUUAGAAGCAGGAGAGCCUCCCUGUGGUGUGUUUGCAUAGUUAAGUCUGUCCAGCCAAGUCCCCAUUAGCAGAGGCCUAUCUCUAUGAAACAGCCAAUUGUAGCCUCUGCCAGGUUGGCCCUCCGAGGCUUCCAUACCUCUGGGCUAUUAAACAGGCUUCAUACGGGAUUGAAUAGGUUGUCAUUAGCAAGACAUUUGCUGAAAGAAAAUACUGUUUCUAAUCAAACAAAAAUACAUUUGAUUAGAAGAACCUUUCCACAAUGACGAUUAAUGUACUCAACUUUCCCUGCCCCACUCUUUCAUGUAUAAAAUGCCAUAUGUGAGAGAAACCUCACACACCAUUUUAAUGCCAUUACUAUGACUAGUGUUACAGUCCUGCCAGCCACCUCCCCAAACUGACCUGAAAUGGGAUGCUCUUCCCUGGCCAUUCUUGCCCCAUGUUGGCAUCUCUGUCUUUACUCUGCCCCCUGUCUCCUCUGAUCUCCUGAUUGGAGGGGGAGAGGAGGAGCUCAAUCGGACAAAGAGUGAAACAAAGGCUCUCUUCUCCAAUAACAUGGAGGCCUUGUGAAAAAAAAAGGAAUUACACAAUAGUUAUUUUAUACAAAAUAUAAAUAAGAGAAAGUGACCCAAACAAGACACCUGACAUCUGUGUAUGUAGUGUAGGGUGAGCUGUGUGAGAUUAGAAUGGGUUGAGAUUAGUGUUGGCCGAGAUUGAAGGCUGGAUUAGACUGCCCAGGUUAUUUUCAGUGCGUGCUGAAGCCGUGGUGUUUCAUGCCUGGCACGGUUGGCACUGUUGGCAGCACAGGGCAGGGGCGAAAUACCUGGCCCCAUCUCCUCACCUAGAACAGACAAUAGGUCAGAGGGGCCUUGAACCCACAGUGUGCCACACACAGCCACAAUAACUACCACACAUACGCUCACACUAGACAGUCAGGGCUGCCAUGCACACACCUCUCUGGAUACUAUAGAUCUCUAACCCAGCCAAAAGGCUGGGGCAUAGCAGUGGCCUCUUUGCUAUGGAUGUGUAAUAAACUCAGCAAAAAAAGAAACGUCCUCUCACUGUCAACUGCGUUUAUUUUCAGUAAACAUAACAUGUGUAAAUAUUUGUAUGAACAUGACCAGAUUCAAAAACUGAGAAAUAAUUUGAGCAAGUUCCACAGACAUGUGAUUAACAGAAAUGGAAUAAUGUGUCCCUGAACAAAGGGGGGGUCAAAAUCAAAAGUAACAGUCAGUAUCUGGUGUGGCCA